GUCGUAAUUUCCUCCUUCUCGAAAUCUCCAUCAGUUAACAUGUCGCUCGCGAAAGGUGUCUACAAUUUGCUCUUCAGGAGAACAUCUACUUUUGCCGUUACCAUCAUGGUCGGAGCAGUGUUUUUUGAACGAAUGUUUGACCAGGGAGGCGAUGCCAUAUUCGAGCAGUUGAAUCGGGGGAAACUCUGGAAACACAUCAAACACCAAUACGAAACUGAGGAGGAAUAGAAGUGUUCCGGCGCAAAAGACGCCAACGCCACACUUACGUACCAUUACCCUGAGUCGGUCUUCAUGGACAUUGAUCUGGCACGACGAGGCUGACUACUGGCUACCAGAAACUCUAUGGGCGUUAGACUUGUCAGAACAUCAUGGAAGUGUUUCCUAUCAACUGUCAUUGUCAUGCCCUCCUGUUCCUCACCAUUUGUAAAUGUACUGAUAAGUUAAAACUGUUAAUAAAUUAAACGUAAACCUGA